AUGAAAUUGAAUCCUAUUCUAAACUGCUUGAUCUGAGUUCUACCGAUUUGAGAAGUGUGUUUGCUACUUCUGAGUUUUAUGCUCACGUUCACUUUAAUUUCCUAGAGUAUCACCAUGUCGGUGGCGUUUGCGCCUCACAGACAGCGCGGGAAGGGUGAUAUAACACCCGCUGGAAUACAAAAGUUACUUGACGAAAACAACCAGCUGAUCCAGUGUAUAAUGGACUUCCAAAGUAAAGGCAAAACAGCAGAAUGUUCACAGUAUCAACAGAUGCUGCACAGAAAUUUAGUGUACCUGGCCACGAUAGCAGACUCCAAUCAAAACAUGCAGCCUCUCCUCCCUGCUCUACCCACUCAAAACAUGCCCAUGGGCCCUGGCGGGAUGAACCAAAGUGGACCCCCCCCUCAGCCUCCUCACGGCCACAACAUGCCGUCUGAGGGCAUGGUCAGCGGUGGCCCUCCAGCCCCACACAUGCAGAACCAGAUGAAUGGACAGAUGCCUGGGCCUAAUCACAUGCCCAUGCAAGGUCCCGGUCCAGGCCCCAACCAGCCCCCAAACAUGCCCAGUGGCUCUAUGAACAUGCCCCCCAGCAGCCACGGCUCGAUGGGUGGUUACAACCACACCGUCCCUUCUUCCCAGGGCAUCCCAGCUCAGAGCCAAAUGAACAUGACCCAGGGCCAGCCCAUGGGGAACUACGGGCCUCGGCCAAACAUGAACAUGCAGCCCAGUCAAGGCCCCAUGAUGCACCAGCAGCCUCCCUCUCAGCAGUAUAACAUGCCUCCCGGUGGGGGUGCACAGCACUACCAAGGCCAACAGAACCCAAUGGGCAUGAUGUCCCAGGUCAACCAAGGGAACCAUGUGAUGGGGCAGAGGCCAAUGCCGCCCUACAGACCCCCACAGCAAGGACCCCCUCAGCAGUACCCAGGGCAGGAAGACUACUAUGGCGACCAGUACAGUCACGCAGGACAGGGAGCCUCAGAAGGUAAUGCCCAGUAUGGCCAACAGCAGGAAGCGUACCAGCAGGGGCCCCCCCAGCAGCAGGGCUACCCUCCCCAGCAGCAGUAUCCGGGACAACAGGGCUACCCGCCACAGCAGCAGGGCUACGGCCCGACCCAAAGUGCCCCCGGGCAGUACCCGAACUAUCCUCAGGGGCAGGGACAGCAGUACGGGGGGUAUCGCCCUCCUCAACCUGGACCCCCACAGGGCCAGCAGCAACGCCCUUACGGCUAUGACCAGGGGCACAUCAGGAAAUAAAGACCCGGGGAUUUGAACCCCUGACUAGCUCUGUAAGAAGCAAAGGGCCAGUACGGGAAUUACCAGCAAUGAGAGAUGGUCACAGCAACCCACACAGCUCCGCUCCGAUCUCCGUCUGAACUUUGACCUCUGGUCAAAUGCAAAGCAGACUUAAAUGAUGGUUGUAACUCGCUGGGAUACUCUCGGACAAGAACAUGCAACACUCAAAAAUACAAGACGCGUCUGCCCCCCCCGCCCCUCCCCCCCUGUCUUUGGGCUCUGAUUUUCACCUAUGAAAUGUAUUCUGUUCAUCAUGUACAUUGACCCCCACCCUCUGAUCCAGUAAGCCUCAAAGCAGCAAUGCCUUAAAAGUGGAACUGCCUUAUGCUUUAGCAUUGCCGAUUGUGAAACGGGCUAACUUAACUUUGGAUAUCAGAGAGGAAUUAAAUGUACAGUUUAAAUCUACUGUGGUGCAUUUUCUUCUCUGUCCUUCCGCUCCUUGUUCAUGAGAAGCAAUAACGCCAGCACCAAGGAGACGUGUGGGGGGAGGUGGAGAUGAAAUAAUGCCCCAGACAAACCUCCGGCUAGGCCAUGGUACUUGUCUUGAUGUAUGUGAUGAUGUAAAAAUAUAUUUUAUGCUUUUUAGAUCAAGCUAACUUUGUAUAAGACAUUGGAAACUAGUACUAUAGCUGUGUUGCUUAUUUCAUGUGUAUGUGUCAAUGUUCUGUUUGUUUUUUUUUGUCUUUUUUUUUUUUUUUUUAAUGAAGACCCCAUCCAGCACAUUGUUUAUUUUUGUGUGUGUUGAGUUGUACUUUUGAACGAUUCAGUUGGAUCUGCUAAAUCAGUGAAAUGGGCGCUGUAAGAUGUAAAAAUGCAACAUCAAUGGACAUGCAUUGAAAUUCCUUGAAGGAGAAAUGCAAUCAUGUCUAAAAAUGCAUUGUGUGUAAAGCUGUGUAUUUAAGUUUGUGAGGAAAAACACCCCAGAAUUUGAUCAUGAUUAUUUUUUAACUACAUAACUUGCACCAAUAAUGGCUACUGGCCCUUUUAUGGACAGAUGUGCCCUAUGAUGUGAUAUGUAGCAGAUGCCACUGCAAAUUGCAAGUCAAUGCUCUCUGGAGCCUUUUUUCCUCUACACAAGCACCUCCGUCUUGUCCGUUGACUGCAAACUGGUGAAUGGAACAGAACAAAGUUGGUGUAAUAAAUAUUUCUGAUAAGGACUUUUGUUUUUCUUAGUCUUUACAAAGCUGGAAUUCCCUUUGAAUAAACGUCAAAGUGGAUGUCAAAAGUGUUGUGUGUGUGUGUGAAUAACAUGGUUUGUUACUGUCAAAUAUGUAACAUAAGAUGUGAAAAAUAAUGUUCUCAAAUGGAUUUCUUGAUUUCACAGUAAAGACCGGUUGUGCAGUUUUAUAUCACUGGCUUGAUAUUUGUUUUUAUGGUGCAUAUACUUUAUUGAUCCCAUAUGUACAGCGGCGUAAAGAAGAAUUCAUUUGUCCUCCGAUAUUGUUUAUAUGGCUGUUUUAAUAUUAGGCGUGUCAUGGCAAUGUAUACCUGUACAUUACAAUAAAUCGCAAGAAUCUUUAAUACA